CCAAUGGUCUCAACAUGUUGAAUAUGGCAUUCAACAAGCCAUUGUAAAUGGUCUUAGUUUAUAAAAGAGGGAGCGGUCGAGUAGUCGUGAGAGUUGAGACAUUAACAUUGAGUAGGGUUUGACGGACGAAGAAAAUAAACGAGAGGCAAUAUGCAGGCGAGUGAUAGGUUUAACAUAAAUUCGCAACUUGAACAUCUUCAAGCUAAAUACGUUGGAACUGGACAUGCUGAUAUCAACAGAUUUGAAUGGGCUGUGAAUAUUCAACGUGAUAGCUAUGCUUCAUACAUUGGCCAUUAUCCUUUACUUUCUUACUUUUCUAUCGCUCAAAACGAAUCUAUUGGUAGACAGCGUUACACUUUUAUGCAGAAAAUGCUCCUGCCUUGUGGUCUGCCUCCCGAAAGAGAAGAAGAGUAGGAUUACUAUUGGCAUUACAAAAGGAUGAUCAUAGAAGAGUUUAAAGGACUUGACCGUAUGUUGUACUUGUACCGUACAAUCUGAUUGGGGAAACAAAUGUUGUGUUUAAGAUUGUUCCAUCUUUUUCUUCUUUCAGUUGGUAGUUGCUAAACUUUGUCAGUUUUUAUGGUAUGUAACUUUGGAAACUAGACCACGAGACAAUGAGUUGCAGAAAAAAAUAUUUUACUUUUCAUUAA